AUGACAUCACCAGACGUACUUCAUUGCUAUGAACAAGUAAUGGUAGGUCUGCAAGAUGAAGCUAAUGAGCAGCUUCGGAACAUCAUUUAUAAGUUCAUUGUUAACGAAAUUGAUUUAAAAGAUGCAAAACUUUCAAGCAUUUCUUUAACAGGUAACUCGAACUUAAUUGACAAGCUACAGCUAUUUAUGAGGUACAACGAUGAUGACGAAGAUCCAUCGUCCUCCUCGGAAGACACUUCCUCCAAGAAGAAAAACAAGAUCUGGUCCCUUGCAGAAGAUCACAGAUUGAUCAUUGGAAUCCACCGCUAUGGCAUCAAAUGCUGGUCUUUAGUUUCAGAGUACGUUGGUAACGGACGUACAAGGUGCCAAUGCCUUCAGAGAUGGCAGAGGUCUCUUAACCCUAUAAUCAACAAAAACCAUUGGGCUCAGAAAGAAGACAUUGCAUUACUAAAUGCAGUCCAAAAAUACGGAGAUCAUAGUUGGACAAAAGUUUCCAAUGAAGUCAAAGGAAGAACUGAUAUCCAAUGCAGAUACAGAUAUCAGCUUAUUACUUCCAAAUACCCCGAGGCUCUUGGAUUGAAUCCAACGACCUAUAUUUGUAUGAACUACGAUAAUCAGCCACCAAAGGCCCCCGAACGAAAGAAAGUCGAGGUGGCUGCCCAUAUCGACAUUGAACAAAUUAUGUUCUUAAAGGAUAUUUCCUCAGAUCCAACAUCUCUUUUUAAUUUGUGCGAGUAA